GAUGAGGGGUGGUAGACAAACGCCCUGAGACUUUCGUCCGCGGGCGAUAACCGGAAACACUUAAAUUACCGUUUGGCGACAAAGGAGAGUUGGUUUGGAAUCUUGGAUUAUUACUCCAGCCAAGGGUUGUCACUCCGAUCGACCAUCGCCCUUCACAACUUCCAGUCCCCGAUCGAUUUCUCGCAUCUGUUGCUGACGACUCGGCCUGCACGGCCUGCACGCUCGUUGAGAUCAGACCGAUGGCUCCGAGAGGCAACCCCGCGCUCAUCUUUGGUGGCUCGGGAAUUGGGGCCCUGCGAGCUGACGGCUCGCUGAUCGAAGGAUCGUUCUCGACAGCCGAGGAGGUUUCUGACCUGCUCAAGACGCUCCAGUCGCUAGGAAUCAACCGCAUUGACACGGCAGCGCGCUAUCCGCAGGGCAACUCGGGCGCUUCCGAGCGCCUCCUCGGCGAAGCCGGAGCCGCCAAACACAACUUCGCAAUCGACACCAAGAUAUAUGUCGCCAAUGACUUUGCGGGCAGUCUUGAGCCGGCUGCCAUUGAGAUGUCGCUGAGAGACAGCCGCGAGCGUCUGCAGUUGCACGACGCGCCCAUCAACGUACUGUUUGCUCAUGCCCCAGACCCAAGGACGCCGCUCGAGGCCCAAGCCGCCGGAUUCGACGCCCAGUACAAGAAGGGGCUGUUCAAGGAGUUUGGCCUCUCCAACUUUCCCCCGGAAUCGUUGUCGGAGCUGCUGAAAAUAUGCCGAGAAAAGGGCUACGUGAAGCCGACCGUAUAUCAGGGCCAGUACAACUUAGUGUCACGUAGGGUUGAGACAACUCUCUUCCCGCUCCUGCGCGAGCACGGCAUGACUUUUCACGCUUUCAGCCCCUUGGCUGCAGGGUUUCUUUCUGGACGGCUGACAGCUGGCGACACGGCGGGCACCCGCUUUGACAAGAACAGCGCCGUCGGCGAGAUACUCCGCGGCCGCUACGAUAAACCGGAGAUGCACGACGCCAUCGACUGCCUCGACGAAACCAUCGAGCCGCUGAGAAUUUCUAAGGUCGAGGCAAGUCUGCGCUGGAUUUAUCACCACUCUGCCCUGGGAGCUGGCGAUGCUGUCAUUCUCGGCGCCAGCAAGACGUCGCAGCUUGAGCAGAACCUGGAAUCCGUCUCCAAGGGCCCUCUUCCCGAUUUUGUCGUGGCAGCCAUAGACGAGAUGUGGGAGAUUGUUUCCAAGGCGUGAGGGGUCUGCCAGUGUGCGGUUCACGUCGAUCAAGCAAGUCCAGAAGUUGAAUC